AUGACGUCCUCAACGGAUUGGAGCGCAUCCCGCGCGUUCUCGCCUCUCCUGCUGCUGCUGCUGUUCUUGUCAUCGGCGCCAGUGUGUUUGGGUGAUUUGGUGGACGGCUGCCGACUGUUCCCGGCUGGCGUUCGGUACGAAUACGAAUCGACCACCACCGUGCUGACCGGUGGAUCUGCAGACAACCGAGACCCGGAGGUCGGCCACCGGGUGGUCGGUCGACUGUCCGUUGAAAAUCUCUGGCCCGCUACCGAUACUGCCGGCGAAAAACUGUUGCGAUUACACUUUAAGUCACUCAAACUUCAAACGUGGUCCAAGAAAUCAAAAAACGAUAUUAAUCGUCAAUUUAUUGACCGUAAAUCGAGGAUCGAUAGGUUUUCAGAUCAACCAUUUUUUGUGCACUGGAGGAACGGGCAUAUAGAAAACCUAUAUGCCUCUUCUGCUAAUUCAUUGACCGAGGAAAAUUUUAAAAAAGGAAUCGCUGGCCUCUUUCAAUUUCAAUUGUCAAACCAACAGACUGUAGAAUAUUCAACUCUCGGAAAGUGUAACGUGACCUACAGCAAAAUAAAUGGAAAUAGUGUUUCAAAACGAAUUGACGGCUGUGUUUUACCAACUACAUUGCCGCCUGAAAUUAAACAUCCCGAAAAACUUUGGCAAGGAACUCUACGUUCAAAACGCGAAGGUUUGCUGAAAUACAACCACGAAUCCUUUAUUGAUGUGUUUUUAGAUGAAAAUCACGAGUACUCUACUAGUUUUAUGAAUGAAGUAGGAGCUUCGAUAUCAUCAAAACAACAUAUAGAAUUAAAAGAAACCAAACCAAAUAGCGAUAUCAUUGAAGCUAAUACUUUCGAAGAGGCAAUUAAUCAAUUAGAAAAACAAUUGAAACUGAAACUUGAAAAACAAAAUUUAAGUCCAAAACACGAAGUUAAAAAUUGUAAGCACUACGAUUCGUGUAAUAAAUUGAGCGACGUGGUUAAAAAAUACCACGAUUCUUUAUUAGAUUCAGAACUGGGAAAGUCUAAAUCGGCUUAUGGUGCUAUCAAAGUCAUAGAUGCAAUUGUAAACAGCGACACAAAAACUAUUAAAAAUGUAUUAUCAGAUAAAAAAAAUGAAGACAUAAUAGUUCAAUUAUAUGACUUAUUAGGAGCUGCAUUAAAUGAAAAUUCACAUAAAGCCUCGAUGGAAACUCUAGUCUUUACUGAUGCUAAAAGUAUUGAAAAAAUAGAAAGAUACUUAUGGAGCGCAUCAAUAAAAUUCAAUCCGAAAAUAGAAAUCAUUAAAAGUUUAAUAUCUAUAACUGAUGAGAAACUAACCAGUAAAAAAGUAAUGGACACCUUAUUUAAUACUGUUACCGCUAUGGCCAGUCGUUUGGAUCGUUACAAUCACACGGACACGAAUGCUCUCCUUUGUGGUGAACUAGUCGUCAAAACAUUAGAAAGACUGGAAAAAUGUAAACAAGACGACGAUGAAUGCAUACUUACAUAUAUCAGAGCGUUAUCUAAUCUCAAACAUCCGCUGUCGAUUGAAGUGCUGUUGAGCUUUGCACAACACGGAAACAGAAUGACUAGCGCGUACGCCAUGAAAACGAUUAAAAUGUUUGGCCCAAGUUUAUGGAAUAGUCAAGUGCUGAAAUAUUGCAACAAAAUUUUCUUUCAGUUGGUCAAAGAACAAGACAGCAGCACCAGAGCAAUAGCAUUGGCCAUACUCCUAGAGUCCGAUCCCAAUUACGAUCUCCUAAAACACGUGGUCGAGUGGCUUGCGACACCGGGUGAAGGAUACGAAAUCAAGCAGUACGCGUUGGAGUUGUUGAAGGAAAUGGCUAACCAAAACAAAUCUUCGGCGAAACUGUUGCGGACAGUGCUAGUUCGUGAACGGUUAAACCAUUACGGAAAUAUGGCGCAGAGAGGCUUGUCGUCGUGUUUUUCGAGGAAAUUCAUCAAUUAUAACAACAUCACCGGACUAGUGAAAAACUCUCAGCAGAUUUACUCAGGAGUGACUAAACGUGGGUCGGUGGACAUUAUAUUGGAACACAAAAACAUCAAAUACGACUUGUGUAGCUUCGGUAUGUUCACAACCGGACUCGGGUACUUUACAUCCCUCUACGACGAUUCGGGUAAAACAGACACAUCGGACGAGGCCAAUUUACCGGCCACGGCUGGUCUGGAACUGAUCGUGUUCGGCGUGCACAUUAGACCCUUCAUUAUGUUUUCUAGUCAAGGCCAAUUAAUGGGACACGUCUGGGCCGGAACUGGGUCUGACAAAACACCCAUCAUUCAGGGAAUAUCUCAAAUGAUCGAACAUCUAGAAUAUGUGCCACUGAGUAAUGGAAUUACAGCGAAGCUGAACGUUAAAGGAACGUUGUCACUGGACAUAUCCGGUCAAAUAGAAAUGAGCCUUUGGAAUAAAAACGCGCAAUCUGUAAUCGAAAAAAAUGGCGGGGUCAGCAUUCAAGGGUCAUUGAAACUGGAUACAGACUUAGUGACGGAUGAAGUGGACUUUGCUCUGAUUACCGAAGGGCUACUACACAUGCACAGUGACGCCGAAUUCGCAAAAAAAAUUGUUUUAUGCAUGCGAAUUGUUUUUGUAGACACGAACGUGACCACGACCGUAAGCAAAAAUCAAAAAGUCCACGGGCUACCACACAAGUCAUACACGACCACAACGAGGACGCAUCCGGUUUCCGGACGGACAUUCGCCCUAAAUCAAAUGGUUAACGAGUUUUGUAAUACGAUCCAUUCUCGAUGAAUUGGUCAACAAUACAUAGAAACGAAAUAUUUCAAAAAAUAUUAUUAUUAUUAUUUUUAUUGUAAUUACCUCAAAACACGACUGAAUUAUUUUUAUUUUAAGUUUUGUUAAACGGACAAUUCAGAAAGAAAUAA